AUGGGUCUCGGCAGCCUGUCUCGAUUCUGCUGCCACAGAUACUAUUGUCCAUCGCUGCUGCAGGAACUGCAGCCUCUCCAAUUUCCCCAUCCCUCCAUCGGCCUCUGGGAAUACGCCCAGGCACGAUCCACUCGCACGCUGAGCCGAGAGAGAGAGCAGGCCGGGACCCACCACAGCGGGGGGGUGAUGGGAGAGAGGGACUUGGUCAGGACGUGCAGAAGAGAGAGUGGGGCAUUCCUUGUCUAUGCAGCGGGUGUUUAUUCCAACAUGGGCAACUACAAGUCAUUCGGAGACACCAAGUUUGUGCCUAACCUACCUCAGGAGAAGUUCAAAGCGCUGGUGUGGAACAGCGCAGCCUACAAACAGAAGCCAGGAGAGAUCGAGUGCCUGUGGAGGGUGUGCGGUCAGCUCAUCUUCUCUCUCGACGACAGACAGAAGCAGCUGGGUCUUGGAGAGAAGGGCAUCACCACCUAUUUCUCUGGUAACUGUGCGCUGAAGGAUGCUGAGCUAGCACAGAAGUUUCUGGAUUCGAAGGAUAUCAGUGCUUACAAUACUCGGCUGUUUAAAACCGAGGGAGCUGAUGGCAAGUUGCUGUAUGAGGUCAGACUUGCCUCUGUGAUGAAGGAUGAUGUACCAGCGGAGGGUGAAUCAGACAACAAGUGUGGGGUUUAUGAGUUUGAUGGAGUGAUGUUCAGGGUGGUUCGCGGUGAUUACUCCCCGUUGAUGAAGAGAGUGGCUGAGAAUCUUGAGAAAGCCAAGGAGUAUGCAGCCUCUCCCAACGUCGUGCAGAUGCUGGGCCAGUACAUCCGGAGCUUCACUACUGGUUCCAUUGAUGCUCAUAAGGAGGGCUCCAAACACUGGAUCAAAGACACGGGGCCCAUCGUAGAGAGCUACAUCGGCUUCAUCGAAAGUUAUCGAGACCCUUACGGAUCGCGAGGGGAGUUUGAAGGUUUUGUGGCUGUGGUUAACAAGGACAUGAGCGCCAAGUUUGCUCAGCUGGUGGCUUCAGCCGAGCGGCUGCUCCCGGAGCUGCCCUGGCCCAAGGAGUUUGAGAAGGAUCGCUUCCUGAAACCGGACUUCACCUCCCUCGACGUGCUGACCUUCGCGGGCAGCGGCAUUCCGGCCGGCAUCAACAUUCCGAACUAUGACGAUAUUCGGCAGACGGUGGGCUUCAAGAACGUCUCGCUGGGUAACGUCCUGGCAGUGGCCUACUCCACGCAGAAGGAGAAGCUGACCUUUCUGGAGGAGGACGAUAAGGAUUUGUACAUCAAAUGGAGGAGCCCAUCUUUCGAAGUUCAGGUUGGCCUGCAUGAGCUGCUGGGUCACGGCAGCGGGAAACUGUUUGUUCAGGACAAGAACGGCAAGUUCAACUUCGAGUCUGACGUGGUGAACCCUGAGACCGGUGAGACGAUCCAGAGUUGGUACAGCCAUGGAGAGACCUGGGACAGCAAGUUUUCCACGGUUGCGUCCAGCUAUGAGGAAUGUCGGGCGGAGUGUGUCGGCAUGUAUCUCUGCCUGAACAGAGAGGUCCUGAAAAUAUUCGGCCAUGAGGGCCCCGAUGCUGACCAGGUUAUCUACGUGAACUGGCUGACCAUGGUUCGAGCAGGAGUCCUGGGUUUAGAGUUCUAUACGCCAGAGAGCCAGCAAUGGAGACAGGCCCACAUGCAGGCCCGUUUUGUUAUCCUGCGGGUCCUCCUGGAAGCAGGCCAGGGUUUUGUCACCGUCCGGCAAAUCACGGGGACAGACGGCAAACCCGACGCCAUCAUCACUCUUGACCGAAGCAAGAUCCCCACCGUCGGCAAGACUGCCCUCGAGGAGUUCCUCCGGAAACUGCAGGUAUACAAAAGUACAGCCGAUGUGGAGUCAGGCCGGGCACUCUACUCCAGGUACUCGGAAGUCACUGAUUCAGAGCCCGAGAGAUUCCUCAGCCUGCGCGAGACAGUCCUGCUCAGGAAGGAAGCCAGGAAGAUGUUUGUGCAGGCGAACACCAGGGUCGAAGCUGAUGGAGACGUUCAGUUCCUGAGCUACGACGGAACAGCGGCCGGCUUGAUCCAAUCCUUCGUUGAUCGAUUCCCGGAGGACAACGAGGAGCUGGAGUGGAAUCUCCAGGAGCUCUGUCAGAGGGACCUGCCGUGUUGGAACCACCUCUAACACCCUCCCCCUCCCACCCCUCGCUCUCCACCCUGCCCCAGUGCGUUACCACUCGAGGUUUUAUUUCCACUUGCUCCUCCCUUUUCUGUAUCAUCCCUUCGGAAUUUCCUGCAAGCGCUGCUUCGGAGGACUUGGAAUUGUGAGCGGGACACUCGAGCCGCUAUCCCCACCCCCAUUCGGAAUGGCUGGAUCCGUUCUCAGGUUAACGAAUCCCACCCUCUCCCGUGUGCCCCCGACCCCUUCCUCCGACCCAGCUUCCCCCCCCCCCCCGUGCCGGGACGCGCCUGGGUUACUCGGUCGCUUGACCGUCGCAGCGCGCCUUUUCCCUGCAGCGAGAUUCGGAACAGAAAACUCGUGCAGGGGGCCGCGAGUGGGCGGUUUGCCAUAAUUCCUGAGAUCUGGGGUGGGUCUGCGUUUCCCAGGAAGCUCACUCCCAGCCCGUAGCCGUUCCGCACAGAGACCGCCACCUGCCAGCUCUGUUCCUUUCCUGUUUCUCUUUUCUCCCCCCCCCCCCCCCCCCCCUUAAAGUCGUCCCUGACCCUCGAGAUUCUCUGAGCUAAUUAACGCUGGGAAUUUACCGCAUUGUGAAUCAGCAAACGGGUGUCCGAAUCGUUCGUUGCCACGGGAAACACGGUGUGAUCUCCUGGUUGGGAUUGCGUUCCAUUUCUGUCGCAAGAAUUAAAAGAAAAAAAAAUCCUGUCCUUCCCAGAA